AAGAGCGGUCAAAAUCCUGAACAGUUGACCUUUCUACUCCAAAUGACCUCCGGCUCCCGACGGAGGCCCCCGCCGCCUCGCCGCCGCGCCACCAUGCCACCCACCCCCAUGUCCAUAUCCGCCCCCAGCGCCUCCCCGCCGCCUCUCUACCGGCGCCGCCGGGUCAUCGCAGCCGCCGCCGCCGCACUUGCCGCGCUCCUCAUCCUCCUCGCCGCCGCCGCAUUCUGGCACCCUGACCCCCUACCGGCGGCGCUCCUCCGCCGCAUCCCGGAACCGGCGAAGGCCUCCAUGCCCUCCACCAGGUUCUACUCGUUCGACCUGGUCCGCGAGUACCCCCACGAUCCCUACGCCUUCACCCAGGGUCUCUUGUAUGGGGGAAACAACACUCUUUUCGAGUCCACUGGCCUUUAUGACAGGUCAUCGGUCCGACAGGUUGAUCUUCAAACUGGAAAAGUUUUAGUUCAGCACCAAAUGGAUGGACAUAUGUUUGGAGAAGGUCUAACACUUCUUGGUGACAGAUUAUUUCAAGUUACUUGGUUGAAGAAGGAUGGAUUUAUAUACGAUCGACAUAACUUCAGCAAUCGUGAGAGUUUUACCCAUAAAAUGCUUGACGGGUGGGGCCUCGCUACUGAUGGAAAGGUUCUAUUUGGAAGUGAUGGUACCUCAAAGUUGUACCAGCUGGAUCCAAAAUCACUUGAAGUCACGAAGACGGUGACCGUGAAAUAUCAAGAUAGUGAAAUUCCCUAUCUUAAUGAACUGGAGUAUAUAAAUGGUGAAGUAUGGGCAAAUGUCUGGCAGACAGAUUGCAUAGCUAGAGUUUCACAUGAAGAUGGCCUAGUUGUGAGCUGGAUCUUUCUUCAUGAGCUUAGGAGACAAUUAUCGAGGUCUGGCAAUAUGGAUAUUGAUGUUUUGAAUGGUAUAGCUUGGGAUGAAGAAAAACAAAGAUUGUUUGUGACCGGAAAAUUGUGGCCAAAGCUUUAUGAGAUUAAGCUACGCCUGGUGGACGGCCCCCCAGAUGGAUCCGUAGAGAAACUAUGCCCAAAGCCAAGAUUAUAUCGCUGAGAAGUGUCAACCGAUGCCGCCUGGUCCAUGGGACAUCAAGCUGGAAGAAUGUCAUGAUUGGCACAUGUAUUACACCUGAUUUGAGGCAAUGGGCAGUUCCCUGUUCGAGAUUUUUGUUGUGUGUUCAUAGUGAUCGGAAGGGAGCUGCUAAUCAGUUUCAUGCUAGACACGGGUAUAGUUGUAUAAUUAUGUUUCCUCCUGAUGUAAAAGAUUCUAGUGCAAACAGCUCUAAUCACCAAAAGAACAAUUCAUUACAGCACAAA